GUUAGCCUAGCAGACGACGGACGACCGGUUGGUAGCAGACAGCGAAUAGUCAGCGUUGCUCGCGACACGCUCGACAACGAGCGGUUUAAAUCGAGAAGCAGUAGGUGCACUGAGACAGAAGGGGAACGAGAAAAGGAAGAUAAAACGUGUGAGGUUUUUGUUGUUUGUCUCACCGGCGGUCAGGAGACCACCAUAUCGUGUUCGCAAUGGAUCCCGAAGCGUUUCUGGACAUGGCCAAUCAGAUCAUCAAACUGAAAAUGUUCCCGUAUUUCGAUAUAGCGUAUUGCGUGCUGUGCGCGCUGCACGUCAGGGAGGAUCUGGGACCGGGUGCACAAGCAUUUUCACGCAAGCAUCCUUUAUCAUGUUGGCUGUCUACAAUGCUAGUUGUUUUUGCGAGUGGUAUGUUGUGUAAUGGAUUAUUGGGAGAACCAAUUCUAGCACCUUUAAAAAACACACCACAAGUGAUAGUAGCAACUGUGGUUUGGUAUGUCAUAUUUUACACGCCAUUUGACAUUGGAUAUAAAAUAGCCAAAUUUUUACCUGUAAAAAUAAUAUGUUCAGCAAUGAAGGAAGUUUAUAGGUGUAAAAAGGUAUACGAUGGAGUAACUCAUGCAGGGAAACUUUAUCCAAAUGCAUAUCUUAUCAUGAUAUUGAUCGGAACAUUAAAAGGUAAUGGAGCUGGAUUUAUAAAAUUAUUUGAACGCCUUAUACGUGGCGUAUGGACACCAACCGCAAUGGAAUUUAUGCAACCCAGUUUUCCCACCAAAGCAUCCAUGGUUGCAUCGAUCAUUUUUGUGCUAGAUAAGAAGACUGAUCUUAUAUCGGCACCUCAUGCUCUUGUGUAUUUCGGCAUUGUCAUCUUCUUCGUUUACUUUAAGUUAUCAUCAAUUUUGCUUGGCAUUCAUGAUCCAUUUGUGCCAUUUGAAAAUCUUUUCUGUGCUUUGUUUUUGGGCGGGAUUUGGGAUUCGCUUGCCAAACUGUUAGGCCGUGGACAAGCUAAAGACGACAAAGCAGAUGCAAAGAAAACAAAUUAAAUUUUUACAAAAACGUAUCAUCAUUUUAUCACACAGCAUAGCAUUGAGCUAGCAUCGAGUAAUCAAGAAGCGAAAUAAAAACUAUUUGAAGCUAGUCAGAUGGCAGGAAAGGAUUCCUGACGAAUCGAAUAUUGGAAGUACAAUAAUUUUAUAUAUACAAAAUAUUCAUAUACAUAUGUAUUAAUUAACGGAAGGUUCGGUUCCCAAAGAGUGUGUCUUCAAAAUAUUGACAGUAUUAUUCCAACGUUACUUAUGGAUGUUAAUUUCUUUCUCCAUCGUUUCUCUUCCACAUUUGCAUUCUCUAUUUUAAAAAUUUUGCAAAUAUGGUUUUGCUUUAAAUUGUAAAUACGUUACUUUUUGUGCAAGAUUGUUUAUUUUUAAUCCGGAUUAUAUUAUCGACAAAAACGAUAAAAUGCACUGAUUCAAUCAGCAAACAUCAAAAGUGUGUUCCCUUGUCAAUAUAAUAACGUAGAUAUUUCUUUGUGUUAUCAGUUAACUGUUGGUUUUUUUAAAUUUGUCAUUAAGUUUUGUUUGUAGAAGUACAACAACAUAUAUACAUGUUUCUUAUAUAUAUAAAUGCAUAGUAAAAUGUUUUAGUAAAUUCAAUCAUUUUAAAUU